AUGACUCCAAUCACUAUCGGCAAUUACCGCAGCUCCACCAAUGACGACGCGACCAUCAUCAACGCGGCAGCCGUUGUCGCUUGGACCGCAACCGGCCGAAAUUUUCACUCCAGUGAGGCUGCCGUCCCGACUGUCGCUCCACCAUCGUUGACUGCCGCCUAUCGCUGUGGGAUGCCUUUGUCGCUGGGAUCGCUACCCAACGCCAUGAUCCACUCUCUGUUCGACAAUCGCCUCCAAUGCUGGCUCAAGGCUCCGGCUGUGCUCUCUGAGAAUGAUCGAACGAAAAUGACGCGCGCGUAUGAGGCACGAGUCUUUAUCAGGAAGUUCCGAGAGGCGGCAGAGUGGAGCGGUCAACAAGGCGACCAGCAGCUUCAGACGCGAGUCGACAAACGUGUUUCAUCUUGUUGUCUCGAGCAUCGGAACGGAGCGAUCGUUGGUGCGGCAGAGCGAGAGGUGGCGUGUGUGGUUCGGCAACAACGACGGUGUGCGGGCUGUGGAUCGCAGGAGCGGAUGCAAAGAGUUAAUAAUAAUUUUCUGAAACCGUGCGGUUUCGGCAUCACUCCUGGCGCAUCCAUAGCAAGACGUGGCGUUUCAGCUGCGGUGUGCGUGUCGGCAUAUUGCCGUGGUCCUUCGAAGGAGCCGAUUGGUGGCAGCGGUCGUGUGGAGCGCGACUGUCGGUGGAGUGGAGGCUGGUGGUCGUGUCAGUGGUGGUGGACACGGUCGUUGGUUCCCAUCAUCGAGUUCUGGUGGUUGUGUGUAGUGUUAUCGGCAAUACAACGUCGCAUCGCAGGUGGCUUUGAGGUGGAUAACAGCCAGCGGUACAUCCCAUUGAGUCGGCGGCUCGUCACAAAAGGUAAGAGUUCCCUGUUUCUAUUGGGUGAUUGUGCAACGGGGGCGGUAGGAGUGUGUGAGAGAUUUGAGUAUCCAACAUUGGUCCGAAACGAACCGGAUUAUAACCAUGAGAAAAGUGAAGUGAAAAGUGUGAUCAUGGAUAAAAUAAAGCAACUGAUCCACCAACGCGGUCAAGUGAGAGGGCGAGUAACAAAGAUCGUUAAGAAGCUUGGCGAAGCGGCAGAUAGACCAGAAGAUACGAGUUUUUCCCAGUUAAAAGCGUUAGAGAAGAAACUGGAACUGAAUUACUCUGAGUACACAGCGAAGCAUGACUUGGUCAUUGCUAUGUGUAACGGUGAGAAUUUGGAGGAACAGGAUGAGAAGAUGGAAGAGUUCGAUGAGCUGCAUACUGAUGCAUUGAUGAAACUUAAUCUUCUGAUGGAUUUCUUCCGUGGGAAUCAAACAGCGAGUAACGUUGGGGCUCCUCAAGUGAUCGUUACCCAGCAACCUCUGAAGACGCCGAUUCCAACUUUCGAUGGAAAGUACGAAGGUUGGCCAAAAUUCAAGGCUCUAUUCAACGAUUUGGUCGGAAAGUGCGGUGAUUCCGAUGCAACUAAGCUACAGUACCUGGACAAGGCAUUGAUCGGCGAUGCAUCUGGUAUACUGGACGCGAGAAUUAUCAACAACAAUAACUACCAGCAAGCGUGGAAGCUGUUAGAAGAGCGUUUUGAAAAUCCUAGAGUGAUUAUUGAUACCCACAUAUCUGGAUUGCUAUCAAUGAAAGCAAUUCCCAAGCAAAGCUACAAGGAGCUGAGAUCACUAAUCGAUACUUGCAGUCGUCAUGUGGAAGGCCUGAGAUUCAUGAAACAGGAGGUUGACGGUACAGCGGGACUCAUCGUGGUUAAGUUAUUAGCCAUGUGCCUCGAUGGAGAAACACGGAAGCAGUGGGAACAAACCUUGGAUCAUGGCGAACUACCCGAUCUGGAUGACACCCUGAAGUUUCUCCGCAAUUAUUGCCAGGUACUUGAGAGAUGCGAGGUAGACAUGACCCCAGCAAAGGUAGCAGUCAGACCUUUUACAACCGGGAGAACUAGUGCAUCACCGAGAACUUCUCAUCCAGCGACUUCGAGUUCAUCGGAUAACAUAUGUGAAAUAUGUGAAGGUCAGCACAGCAACUACAAAUGUCCAACAUUCUUGAGCUUUGGUAUCGAUCAGCGUGUUGCCAAAGUGAAACAAGUGGGAUUAUGUUUCAACUGCCUUCGUAAGGGUCAUCAAAUCAGAACUUGUCCCUCGGAUAGGGUGUCCCAAGUUGAACCGGAGCCACAAGGUGACAGAGGAGAAUCCGAUUCAGCCGAAGCGAAGACAGUAUCAACAGUGCUCCCAGAAGAUCCCGUGUCUACAGCAUGUUCUAGUGUUCAGCGGCGAGCGAAACAAGUGCUUUUGAUGACGGCAAUGGUGAAUGUAGUGUCGAAGAGUGGAAGGUUCUUCAAGUUACGUGCUCUUCUGGAUUCCGGAUCUCAAGUCAAUUUGAUUUCUGAAUCCGCCCUAUCCUCUGAUUAUUCUGGAUUCGAGAGUAGUGUGGACUGUUUGGUGACAACGAGAGUGACAGGAAAAAUUCCAUCCGUCGCAGUCAAUAUUUCGGAAUGGAAGUUUCCUCCAGGCAUUGUGUUAGCCGAUCCCAGUUUUAACGAAUCGAAGGAUGUGGAUCUAUUGAUUGGUGCGGAACUGUUUUUCCUAAUUCUGAAGCAAGCCCAGUUGAAGAUCUCCGAAGAUUUGCCUACUUUGUAUGAAACCCAGUUCGGGUGGGUUAUGACCGGCGCAGUAGAGGAAUCCGAUGGUGAAGUUGUCAACGUGCUAUGUGCAACUGACGAGGACCCGUUGCUGAAGAGCAUUCAGAGGUUUUUUGAGCAAGAGGAGCUUCCAGAGGAGAAGUUUCCUACGAGUGAGGAACAAGCAAUUGAGGAGCAUUUCCGAGCAACAUAUCACCGAAAUGAGGAAGGCCGAUUUGUAGUUCAACUUCCGUUUCGUGAAUCUCUCAAACAACUAGGUGAUUCUCGAUCAUUGGCAAUGAGGAGAUUCCUGUCGAGCGAGAGGCGCCUAGCCAAAGACCCUGAGAUGAAAAGUAUGUACCAAUCCUUCCUUAAGGAAUACGAAGACCUUGGCCACUGCCAUGAGAUUCGCGAGGAAGACGAUCCACCCGGCCAACAGAGAUACUACUUUCCGCAUCAUGCUGUAAUUAAACCUUCGAGUACUAGCACAAAGUUACGUGUUGUGUUCGACGGCAAGGCGAAGUCUAAUGGAUUAUCCCUCAACGAAGUUUUGAUGAUCGGCCCAAAAAUUCAGAGUGACUUAUUCUCCAUCGUACUGCGUUUCAGAAGACAUGUUUAUGCAUUCUCUGCAGACGUAGAAAAAAUGUACAGACAAGUUAAGAUCGACCCAAACCAAACACGGUUCCAGAGAGUUUUUUGGCGCGACAAUCCAACAGAUCCAAUACGAGUGUUGGAGUUGUCAACGGUCACCUAUGGGACAGCUCCUGCUUCUUUUCUUGCUGUGAGAUCCAUGAUUCAACUGGCUAGAGAUGAAAGCAAUAACUUUCCAGAAGCUGCAGAAGCUAUACUAGAAGACUGUUAUAUGGACGAUAUACUGAGUGGUGCAUCGACGGUAGCGACAGCAAAAAGAAACAGGAUCCCUGAACAGGAUCGUGAAAAGUUAGUUCGGAUUGAAGAUUCUGGUACCAACGAAACUAUCCGAGCGCUGGGUAUUUUGUGGAACCCAAGAAGUGACGAAUUUCUAUUUUGGAAAAGCCCAGAUGAAAGGCAACUCGACGGUGAGAUCACUAAAAGGAACGUACUCUCACAAAUUGCCAAAUUGUUCGACCCUCUUGGCCUCAUAUCUCCCGUUAUCGUAGUAGCCAAGAUAAUCAUGCAACAGUUGUGGGCCGAUGGUUUGGGCUGGGACGAGACCCUAGAUGGCGAGUUACUGAAAAGAUGGGUGGCGUUUCGUCAGACACUCGUGGAAUUGAACGAGAUAAAAAUACCGAGAUGUGUCAUCGUUCCAGAAGCCCUUCAUAUUGAGAUUCACGGUUUUUCUGAUGCUUCAUGUGCUGCCUAUGGUUCUUGUAUUUAUUUGCGUUGCGUUCAAAAGGAUGGAGCUGUGUCCGUACGUUUGUUGUGCAGUAAAUCAAGGAUAGCCCCCCUGCGUCGCCUCACAAUGCCUAGAUUGGAAUUGUGUGCGGCCGUGACUUUGGCGAGGUUGGUUAGUACAGUGAUAUCGAUUCUGAAGAUCGAAAUUCAUGAUGUCAAAUUGUGGUCGGAUAGCCAGAUCGUGUUAGCGUGGUUAAAGAAGAGUCCAGAUCAAUUACAUGUCUACGUGAAAAACAGAGUGGUGGAAAUUAAUAAACUUACAGAAGGCUACAAGUGGAAGUACGUAAGGUCUGAAGACAACCCAGCAGAUUUGGUGUCCAGAGGUUGCAACCCCGAGACUUUGUGUCGAACUGAUCUUUGGUGGAAUGGUCCAUUGUUUCUUCAAGCGACAAGUUAUGAGGAUCAAGAAGUACCGAUGGUUCAUGACGACGAACUUCCAGAAAUUAGGAUCGUGAAGGUUUGUAACCAAGUGACUAAUGAUGAAGAUGAGCCUGUGUUCCAGAGGUGUGGCACAUUUCCAAAGCUACAGCGAAUAUUAGCGCAGGUAGUGCGAUUCACCCGAUUAAUACGAACGACAAAGGAAAAACGUGCAAGUUCCCAUUACAUUUCAGUGUAUGAUAUGCGGAAGGCGAUGGAAUACAUUGUGCGCAUAUUACAAAAAAACGAACUGAGUGAGGAAAUCCGGUGUGUCCAGAGCAAGGUAUUACCAAAGCGGCUUGCAAAUCUGCAACCAUUUAUAGACGAAAAAGGGUUACUUCGGGUCGGCGGGCGGUUACAGAACUCCAAACUACCGUUUGAUGCCAAGCAUCAAAUACUUCUUCCUAGCAAUCACCGAGUAACGGAGAUGCUCAUCCGAAAUUAUCACGAGGAGAGGUUACAUGAAGGUCCAUCCGGACUGUUGGCAGCAAUAAGGCAAAGGUAUUGGUUAGUUAAUGCUCGUUCUGCCAUUCGUAAAGUAACUCGCAGCUGCGUGAAAUGCUUUAAAAGCAACCCAAAAGGAGUACAACCCGUAAUGGGAAAUCUACCAGAUGAGCGUGUAAAUUCUGCAUCAGCGUUUGAACUCACCGGUGUAGACUACGCUGGCCCAGUGACAGUGAAGGAAGGAAGGCAUAAACCAAAGCACAUAAAGGCCUACAUCGCAUUGUUUGUGUGUAUGGUGACAAAAUCGAUUCAUCUAGAACUCGUAUCGGAUUUAACCACUGAAGCAUUUCUCGCCGCCUUGGAUCGUUUUACUAACCGACGAGGAAUGGUGCGCAAAAUUAUGUCAGACAACGCUACUAAUUUUGUUGGUGCCUCCAAGGAGCUACACCAACUGUUCCUGAUGUUUCGUGACAGAUCUUCGACCGCAAGAAUCCAUGAUUUUCUAAUCAAGAAGGAGAUAGAGUGGGAAUUUAUACCUCCUAGAUCACCGAAUUUCGGAGGUUUGUGGGAGGCAGGAGUCAAGGUUAUCAAGUCCCAUCUGCAUCGAACUUUGGGAAACGCAAUUUUGACAUUUGAAGAGUUCGGAACAGUUUUGACUCACAUUGAAGCCAUCGUGAAUUCUAGGCCGUUAUAUGCCCUGUCUGAUGAUCCGAACGAGCCGCUUCCAAUCACCCCAGCUCACCUGAUGCUUGGAAGACCGUUAGAGCCAAUUCAGAAGCCAUCGUACUCAGAUAUACCAGUGAACCGCUUGUCUCGUUAUCAGUACUUGAAUUUUUUACGUGAAGGAUUUUGGGCAAGGUGGUCACGUGACUACUUGUCAACACUUCAAUCAAGGGUAAAAUGGACCAAAAGUGAACCAAAUUUGAAAAUGGGUACCAUUGUGCUACUAGUGGAAGACAAUCAACCAGUUCAAACAUGGAAGAUGGGCCGUAUCGUUGCACUUUACCCGGGUAGGGAUCAUGUGAUUAGAGUCGCCGAUGUGAAGACUGCAGCGGGUGUUUUCCGUCGAUCUAUUCGGAAGUUGGCACCUCUCCCUAUUGCGGACAACGUAGAAUCAGCAAUAUCUGUUUUGGAAUAA